AUGUUGGGUCACACUGAUCGACUAUCAGAACUGAGAACAUCAAAGGACCAAAUACUUGCAGACUCUGGGUCUGAAUUUGGUGCCGAUGAAGAAGAGGAAAAUUGUUCGGAACAAAUACUUUACUCGGCUUCCUUUGAAGAACUUGCGAGCAAUAGUAUUAAAUAUGAUACAAUCAUAUGGGUUUCUAUAUCAUUACUACUUGUUUUAGCAUGGGGAAUUGGCUUUUUAAUGUUGCUUUACCUUCCCUUUAGGAGACAUGUACUUCGAAAGGAUUUCGCUUCUCGCAGAUUAUAUGUUACACAAUCUGAAAUAGCUUACAAGGUGUCAAGGCCUUCGUUUAUGCCGUUUUGGGGGACCAUAACAAUUGAGAGACGCGUACCUCUUUCUUUGGUGAUUGAUAUUAUUAUUGAACAAGGUUGUGUGCAGUCUAUAUAUGGUGUCCACACUUUUCGAAUUGAAAGUAUUGCUCAUGGAAAGGCUGCUCCGGUUGAUGAACUACAACUUCAAGGAAUUUCUGACCCUGAUCUUUUGAGAAAGGUUAUCAUAACAGAAGCUUCAAAGAUCUCAGGAGAUUUAAGUAAAAAUUGGAAGCAAAUCGCUCCAAGCAUGGCUCGUAUACCAACAACAACCGAGGGGCCGGGCGUUUUGAAAUCACAAUCUAUAAAUCCAAAGGUGAUAGGCUCGACGCAUUCUUCUUUAGUAGAGCGCAGAAUAGGCGGCGGAUUGCUUCUUAAUAAACUAGAAGAAGUCAAUGAAUCAGUAAAGAGACUCGAGUUGCUUAUCGAGAAGUCGCUCGGUUCCCUCAUCGCUAGCUGA